UAUUAUUAGCUAUCAAUUUUCAAUGGAUUUACGAACUAAACGCAAUGGAGUAAUUGGGGAUAGUGAAGAUGGGUAUUCAACUUCAAAAUGCACGUCGAAUAUUGAAAAUGGAGCAACCACUUUGGAUGUGGCCAAAGAGGAAACUGUUACGGAUAAUGACAGUGUUCAAAAUGAGAAAUCCACAUUGGAGGAUGAUAAUAAAGCAAGAAUGGAUGAUUAUGAAGAAGAAUUGCAGUCUAUUGUGGAAAAGGAAAAUUUUUAUACUGAUUUAAUGAGAAAAACAUGUAAUAUUUCUCCAGAUAUUACAAUGGGUUUUGAAGAAGAGUCGAUUUCACGGGAUGAUAUAAGCGAGUCUUCUGAUGAUAAUAUGGAAGAAGAAACAGUGCCAGCGAUAGGUACUCUAAAAUAUGAUUCUUUGAGAAAAACUGAUAAAUUUCCCUCAAAUUUCAAAAGAAAUGAGGACUUAGAAACAGAAGGGACGACAUCAACUAGUCAUACUUCACAGAAAAAUAAAAAUGAGUCGUCUGAAGUGGGUAUUAAAGAAGAAAACGAGGCUGUGACAGAUGCUAUAAAAUAUUCAUGUCUACACUGUGAUAAAGAUUUCGCUUCAGCAUUAAAGUGGAGACAGCACACAGCGACGCAUGUUUUUGACGACAUUGUCAGUACCACAAAUUUUGAAAAAUCUGUAGCCAAGUGUCAAGAAUUAGACCCGGGAAUGCCCCUGAAAAAUUAUGAAGAAGUUUUCAAGAAAACACAGCGUAAAAUAAAGAAAAAAAUGAAAGAUAAGUGUUAUUUAUGUGUUGAAUGCCAUAAGUCUUUUUCACGUAAAGAUACAUUACGGGUUCAUAUGCAGACUCAUACUGGCGAAAAGCCAUUUUCUUGUGAGACGUGUGGCCGAUGUUUCAGUCGCAGAGGGAAUUUACAAGCUCACAUGAUCAGCCAUUCUGGCGAAAAACCGUUCCCUUGCACCUAUUGUGGGAAAUUUUUUUCUCGAAAAGCCAACUUAGCUACCCAUGUUCGAAUUCACACAGGUGAGAAGCCAUUUACAUGUUCCUAUUGCGGCAAAGGUUUCAAUCAAUCUUCUGAUCUGACACGCCAUUUUUUGACCCACACUGGCGAGAAACCGUUUGAAUGUCCAGAUUGCGGGAAGGGCUUCACACAACAGUGCAAUCUUAGAGCACAUAUGCGCAUACACACAGGGGAAAAACCAUUCGAAUGCCCCCAGUGUAAACGUUGCUUCACGCUACAAUCAACUUUAUGUGACCAUAUUCGAACACAUAGUGGACUUAGACCAUAUACCUGUAUAGACUGUGGUAAGACCUUCACACGCCAACCAAACUUGGAAAGACAUAUCUUAAACCACUGCAAAAAAAACUGUCUUGGUUUCAGUGAUAUGGAACCAGGAAUAACUAAAAACAAUGUUAAUCAUUGCGGAGAUAGCAGUACUAAGAUAUCUAAUGGAAUAAUUAUUAGCGAUCACAAUAAAAGUGGAGUUAAACGGCAAAACUAUGAUGACCUUGGGCUUGAAAAAGAUGGGGUCAAAGGUCAGAAAAUCUUUGACAGUAUUGGGUCUGACAAUGACGCAAGUCAUAGUAUUGAUUAUCAAAAUGAAGAAAAUACUCAGGGUUUUGUUGAAACCUCUGAUAUCAUGAAAUUUUCUUGCCUUCGUUGCAAUCGGGAUUUUUUAUCAGUUUUUGAAUGGACUAAACAUAUGACAGUGCACACCCAUGGAUAUACUCUUGGAUCAGACUCUUCCGGUGACGAAUUUAAAUCUUUUGAACAAACAGAUUCAACACAGAAAUAUAAAUGUGACAUUUGCGGGAAAGAAUUCCAAUAUUCAUCUCGUUUUGAGCAACAUAAAAUGAUACACACUGGUGAAAAACCACAUUUUUGUAAAGAAUGUGGGAAAUCGUUUACACACCAAUCAUGUUUAAGUAGACAUAUGGUUACUCAUACUGGUGUUAAGCCAUUUUCUUGUGAACAAUGUGACAAACGAUUCGCAUUACAAUCGACUUUACGUAAACAUAUCCGGACUCAUACUGGUGAAAAGCCAUAUGUAUGUGAACCAUGUGGGAAAUGUUUCACUCAAUUAUACAGUUUACAUCGACAUACACUUGCACAUAAUGGUGAAAAACCGUUUGGAUGCCAUUUGUGUGAAAAGCGAUUUUCCCAGCAAUAUACUUUAAACACACAUUUGCGUAUAAAACACAAGUGUGCUGUUGGAGGCUGUUACAAUUCUGCCAGAGACGGAGUAAGCUUGCAUCGAUUUCCUCAUAGUAUUGUUAAAUGUCUUCAAUGGUUUAAUUUUGUUCAAAAAAGCAGGACAAAUUUUGAGUUGGAUUUGGUUUCUGGAGCUUAUAUUUGCAGCCAACAUUUCGAUGAAAAAUGCUUUGUUUCACCAGACGAAACCCAAAAUAAAGCAGCACAAAGAAAGUUAACCGAAGGUGCGAUACCAACUAUUAUGGGAACCAUUUCUGCGCAAGAAGGUGUUAAAAAUCGCAAGGUUAUCAAAGAUCAUAAACUUAUUGUAAACCGGCGCAGCAGUGCUAGGAUUGUGGGGGAUAAUAGAGUGAAAAGAACUAAGUUACCUAUCUUGAAACAUAGAAAAGUGAUAAGGGAUGAUAUAAUUAGCGAUACUUAUUCAUCAAGUGAGGAUACAGUGUCCAGCCACUGCGAUAAAAGAGACCAAACCCUUUCAUCAAGUGAGAAUUCCGUUUCUAACCAGGGCGAUGAAAGAAACCAAACUCAUUCAUCAAGCGAGGAUUCCUUUUCUAACCAUUGCGAUAAAAGAGACCAAACUUUUUCAGCAAGAGCAGACAUAGUUUGUGACCGUCACAUCAAGAAUGAAAUAAAUGACCAAGUCCAUCUUCCCAAAAUUAAAGAAAUCAAGGAAGAAAUUCCUGAAUCAAAAGAUGAAAAUGAUUCUGAGGAAACUGCCGAAAGUACCGGUGUUGCAAAGUUUUCCUGUCUACGCUGCAAUCAGGACUUCUCAUCCGUUGUAGAGUGGACUCAACACAUGACAACUCAUACUCAUGGCCAUACUGAUACAACAGAAUCUGAACCCGAAACGAAAAAGCCUAAAAAAAGGACAUUCAAACCGAAAUUUAAAUGUGCAACAAUAUUUAGUAGAAAAACAGUACUAAAGUAUGCUUCCCAGUCUGAUUGGGAACAAACAUUUGUUGAUAACAAUUUUGAACACAAUUUCCAAAGUGAAUGUGAAGGAAAAUCAGGCCAGAUGAGUUCAUCAAUUAUGAGAACCCGAAGUUCUUUUUCCAUUAAGACGGAAAUUGAUUCUUGUUACUGUGAAUCCUCAGUACAACCUAGUUCAAUGAGCCUAAUGUCAGUUUGGAAUAAAACACUUUUGGAUGUUGAACAGGCAAUUGAUCUGAGAAAGCAAACAAAAGAAAAACCAUCUACAUGUGGAGAAAGUGGCAAAAUUGACUCUAAUAUAAUCGAACCAAAGGCCCAGGAUUUUGAUUUGAAGAAAACAAAUGAAAAAGCAAUUCCAUCAAUAAAAAGUGAAAUACAGCGUGAGAGUACGUAUUCUUCUAGACUCAGGUCCAACAGACAAAACGAAAAACCGUUAACAUGUGAAGAAAGUGGCAAAAUUGACAUAUCCAAGUCUAAUAUAAACGAACCAAGAGCCCAGGCAAUUGAUAUGAGGAAGAAAACAAUUGAAAAAGUAAUACAGCGUAAGAGUAAGUAUUCAUGGAAACUCAGGUCAAACAACCAAAAUGAAAAUCCGUUAACAUGUGAGGAAAGUGGCAAAGGUGACAUAUGCAAGUCCAAUAUAAACGUCCCAAAAGUGAAAAAGUCUAGAAAAAGAAGUUUACAACCACCAAAAUUCAUGUGUGAUGCAUGUGGGAAGCUUUUCCAGUUCUGGUCCGUUUUUGAGCAACAUAUAAUGAUACAUACCGGAGAAAAGCCACACAUUUGUACAGAGUGUGGAAAGGCUUUCACAGACCCAUCAUGUUUAAGAAGACAUAUGAUUAUUCAUACAGGUCUGAAACCGUUUUCUUGUAAAACAUGCGGUCGAUGCUUUACAUUGCGAACUACUCUGCAAAGACAUAUGCAAACUCAUACAGGUGAAAGACCAUUUUUGUGUGAACCAUGUGGGAAAUAUUUCACACGGAUGUACUGUGUUCGAAGACAUAAACUUUCGCAUAAUGGUGCAAGACUUUUCGGGUGCCAUUUGUGUGAAAAACGUUUUUCCCAGAAAUCUGCCCGAACUGCACAUCUGAGAAUGAAGCAUUGUGAUCUUUGAACCAAUUUUGUGAAUGUUUCUACAUGUUACUCGGAUUUGACUGUAAACUAGAAAUUGAUAAAUGAAAUGAAACGAGUAACUAUUUUUUCAUAUAAUGAAAUUCCUGCUUUAAACAAAGCAGCCACUGAUAUCUGACAAUAUGCAAGAAUAAUCUUUCCGGCUCGGCAUUGCCUACGCAAUCGAUCACACCCUGAGUGAGGUAGUUGGCCUAGGAUUAGAAGAAUUUGUGAUGUGUAACUCGGUAUAACACCACAGUUUAGAGGGUAUGGCACCCACACUAUUAGCUAUAACAGAAAAAAUUGUUUUUAAUUCUUAUAAAUUGCCAUUUUCUUCAAGUUUUUUAUUCUGUCCUGGGGCAUAUCUACUCCCACAAGACUCUGUAUGAGCAGCCAAUAUUUUUUGAAUGACUGGAAUUUCCCAGUUUGAAAUUGACUACCCAAUUUAUUUAUUGAAAUAAAUUGCCAUUUUCCUCAAGUUUUUUUCUUCACUCGCACAAGACUGUAUAAGCACGCACUAUUUUUUGAAUAACUGGAUUUUUCCAGUUCUAAAUUAGCUACCUAAUUUAUUUCAAUAUCAUAGUCCACGAGACCUACUUUUUCUCUUUUCUCAAUUUGAAGCAGAAAAUAUUGAAUUACUAAACAGUAUAGGUUAUAUUCAUAAAACAAACUGCGAAUUCUUUAUUUCUAAAUUGUGCGUAUUCCGGCGUCUUCAAAAUAAACUCAACUACCUACUUAAUCUCAAUUUGAAGCAGAAAAUGUUGAAUGACUAAACAGUAUAGGUUAUAUUCAUAACACCAACUGCUGUAUUUAUCCAGGAUCCUUCAUUUUUACCUUUUGUGUAGUCCAAAGUCUUUAAAAUAAACUAUCAUCUACCAGGGCGGUUAUUUGGAAUGAAUAAUAAAUAAUAACGUAUCUGAAAACUGUAUCAAUUUGUGUGUCAGAUUUAUUGAAAUUUUCAUACUUUUACCUCUUUGUGCCCUGUACGAGCAGUCACUGAUAUAGAGCAGCUACUACAUUUUCAAAACCAACUUUUGCUUCAUUAUACUUUGUAAUGAAAAGAGGGGACGGAGUUGAACGCAUGUACCUAAACUGGAACUCUGAUAUUGUGAAUUUCAACGCUUAUGCUAUUGUGCCCACGCUAGUCUAUGUUUGCAAAAACUGUCCCGUCCCAAAUAAUAUUUUUACACCUAUGAUUACCAUUGUGUUAUUUUAUUGGUUUCAG